CAGUGACGAAUUGUUGAAAUUGCCAUUGCAGGAUGGCAUGCCGCUAUAAAUUCAUUGUUCCACCUCCUCGCAUCUUCACAGCGCUCGCGCUGCUCUCCGCGCUCGCAGCGGCCGACUGGGGAUGACGGCCGGCGGGAAGACACUGCAUCCGAAGGGACACGGACGCGCCGCUUCACGGGCUCCCCGCAGGCCGCCCCUUGCAUUUUUUUGUUUUAAUUUUUAUGGCUUUUUCUCUCUCUUUUUUCCUUUCCUCCUGGUUCUAGUAGAGUCAAGGAAACCCACAAAAUAAAGGAAGUGGGCUCCGGAGCUUGGAACCCCCGCCGCCGGCGGGUACCGAGCAGCAAGGGGGCGGGAGGCAGCGCGCACCAGUUGCCCGCCUGGUGCGCGGCACCAUCCUUACUUUUCUUCGUGCGGCGAGAGUGGCUGCGCUUGGGGGUUGAAUUUGGGUUAGUUUGGGGGGUGUUUUGUUUGUUGUUUUUUCCCCCCUCUCCUCGUAUUUGCGGAACCUCCACAAUCCGGCUUUUCGCUUCUUAAUUUUUUCCCCUUUUUUUCCGGAGCACGAAUCCAAACAUUUUCCAAACCAACAAAGAAAAGUUCGCACGCUGGCACUGAAGCCGGGACAGGCUGGCGCUGACGCCGGUCCCCCUCCUUCCGACACUUGACUCAACCUUGCAAGCAAGUGUGUGUGUGCCCCCAUCUCCCGCCCCGGUAACUUCCAUAGCGAAUAACAAAUACCCAUAAAGUGCCCGUCGCGCAGCCCCUCCCUGCGGGCAGCGCACUAUGCUGCUCGGGUGGGCGUCCCUGCUGCUGUGCGCGCUCCGCCUGCCCCUGGUCGCGGUCAGCCCCGCCGCGGCACCUGCCCAGGAUAAAGCCGGGCAGCCUUGGGCUGCUGCAGAGGCCGCCCAGCCCCGCCGGCGGCAGGGGGAGGAGGCGCAGGAGCGGGCCGAGCCUCCGGGCCACCCGCACCCCCUGGCGCCGCCGCAGCGCAGGAGCAGCGGGCUGGUGCAGAACAUCGACCAGAUCUACUCCGGCGGCGGCAAGGUGGGCUACCUCGUCUACGCGGGCGGCCGGAGGUUCCUCCUGGACCUGGAGCGGGAUGGUUCCGUGGGCGCCGCUGGCUUUGUGCCUGCAGGAAGCGGGCUGAGUGCGACCCGGCACCACCGGGACCACUGCUUCUACCGCGGUACGGUGGACGGCAGCCCCCGCUCCCUGGCUGUCUUUGACCUCUGUGGCGGUCUCGACGGCUUCUUCGCAGUUAAGCACGCGCGCUACACCCUGAAGCCGCUGUUGCGCGGGCCCUGGGCCGAGGCCGAGGCCGGGCGAGUGUACGGGGUUGGGUCCUCGCGGAUCCUGCACGUCUAUACCCGCGAGGGCUUCAGCUUUGAGGCCUUGCCGCCGCGCACCAGCUGCGAGACUCCCGGGUCCCCGCCAGGGCCUCGCGAGCGCCCCCCGGCGCACAGCAGCCCAGACCGACGCUGGGCGCUGGCCCCGCAGUUCCUGGACCAGUCGGCUCCCUCUUCCGAUGGGGCCCAGGAACCCCAAACGUGGUGGCGGCGGCGGCGCCGCUCCAUCUCCCGGGCGCGCCAGGUGGAGCUUCUCCUGGUGGCUGACGCGUCCAUGGCGCGCAUGUAUGGCCGGGGCCUGCAGCAUUACCUGCUGACCCUGGCCUCCAUCGCCAACAGGCUGUACAGCCAUGCCAGCAUCGAGAACCACAUCCGCCUGGCCGUGGUGAAGGUGGUAGUGCUGGGUGACAAGGACAAGAGCCUGGAGGUGAGCAAGAACGCGGCCACCACGCUCAAGAACUUUUGCAAGUGGCAGCACCAGCACAACCAGCUGGGGGAUGACCAUGAGGAGCACUACGACGCGGCCAUCCUAUUUACGCGAGAGGAUUUAUGUGGGCAUCAUUCAUGUGACACCCUGGGAAUGGCAGACGUCGGGACCAUAUGUUCUCCGGAGCGCAGCUGUGCUGUGAUUGAAGAUGAUGGCCUCCAUGCGGCAUUCACCGUGGCUCACGAAAUUGGACAUCUCCUUGGCCUCUCCCAUGAUGAUUCCAAGUUCUGUGAAGAAAACUUUGGUUCCACAGAAGAUAAGCGCUUAAUGUCUUCUAUCCUAACGAGCAUUGAUGCAUCCAAACCCUGGUCCAAGUGCACCUCAGCCACCAUCACAGAAUUCCUGGAUGAUGGCCAUGGUAACUGUUUGCUAGAUCUACCCCGCCAGCAGAUCCUGGGCCCGGAAGAACUCCCCGGACAGACGUACGAUGCCACGCAGCAGUGCAACCUGACUUUUGGGCCCGAGUACUCCGUGUGCCCCGGCAUGGAUGUCUGCGCCCGCCUCUGGUGCGCCGUGGUGCGCCAAGGCCAGAUGGUGUGUCUCACCAAGAAGCUGCCAGCCGUGGAGGGGACACCAUGUGGGAAAGGGAGGAUCUGCCUGCAGGGCAAGUGUGUGGACAAAACCAAGAAAAAAUAUUAUUCAACAUCAAGCCAUGGCAACUGGGGGUCCUGGGGGCCUUGGGGCCAGUGUUCUCGCUCAUGUGGGGGAGGAGUACAGUUUGCCUACCGGCACUGCAAUAAUCCCGCACCCAGAAACAGUGGCCGCUACUGCACGGGGAAGAGGGCCAUCUACCGCUCCUGUAAUGUCAUGCCCUGCCCACCUAACGGUAAAUCUUUUCGUCACGAGCAGUGUGAAGCCAAAAAUGGGUAUCAGUCUGAUGCAAAAGGAGUCAAAACGUUUGUGGAGUGGGUCCCCAAAUAUGCAGGCGUCCUGCUGGGAGACGUGUGCAAACUGACUUGCAGAGCCAAGGGCACUGGUUACUACGUGGUGUUUUCUCCAAAGGUGACAGAUGGGACCGAAUGCAGGCCGUAUAGUAACUCCGUCUGUGUCCGGGGCAAGUGUGUACGCACCGGCUGUGAUGGCAUCAUCGGCUCAAAGCUGCAGUAUGACAAGUGUGCCGUGUGUGGGGGAGACAACUCCAGCUGCACAAAGGUGAUUGGAACUUUCAAUAAAAAAAGUAAGGGUUACACUGACGUGGUGAGGAUCCCAGAAGGGGCAACCCACAUAAAAGUCCGACAGUUCAAAGCCAAAGACCAGACUCGAUUCACUGCCUACUUAGCCCUGAAGAAGAAAAACGGUGAGUACCUUAUCAAUGGGAAGUACAUGAUCUCCACCUCAGAAACGAUCAUUGACAUCAAUGGAACCGUCAUGAACUACAGCGGUUGGAGCCACAGGGAUGACUUUUUGCACGGGAUGGGCUACUCAGCUACGAAGGAAAUUCUCAUAGUGCAGAUUCUUGCAACGGACCCAACUAAAGCAUUAGAUGUCCGUUACAGUUUUUUUGUUCCCAAGAAGUCCACCCAAAAAGUCAACUCUGUCACCAGCCACGGGAGCAAUAAAGUGGGCUCGCCCACUCCACAACUGCAGUGGGUGACGGGCCCGUGGCUCGCCUGUUCUAGAACCUGUGACACGGGCUGGCACACCAGAACAGUGCAGUGCCAGGAUGCAAACCGCAAGUUAGCGAAGGGAUGUCUUCUCUCUCAGAGGCCUUCCGCAUUUAAGCAAUGUUUGCUCAAGAAAUGUUAGCCUGUGGUGAUGAUCUUCCGCAGAGAUAACUGGAUGUUUCAUCACGGAUCAGUCCUGGCCAAUGGUGGUGAUCAGUCGUGGUGAAAAGAGGUCUACCUAACGCACAGAAAGUCACCUUCGAUGGCAUUGUCAACAGGAGUCUAAUUAUGGGCAGAAUCUGCUCUUGGUGACCAAAGGAAGAUGUGCACUGUUUCGUGUGAACAGUGGUGACCUUGGAAACUAGAAACACUUGGGAGUUAUUGAACGUCCCCUGGGCUACAAGAAUGAGAAAAACACUGAUGAAUGUAGAGUCAGGGGACAUUUGAAGAUGGUGGAACAACAGUCUCCCCCUUGUCACCUACCUCUUCUAGAAUGUCUUCAAAGGCAUCAUAAUCAUUAUCAUCCACAAUACACCAUAGCUAAUUUUUACUGUUUGUAAAUACAUUCUCCCUUGGUAUGUCACUUUAUAUCACUUGGUUCUAUAAAAAAAAAUGUGUGUGUGUGUGUGUACCCCCCCACACACAUACAUAUAUAUAUUUCUAUAAAAAAUGUUUGACCAAAGUAGGUCUGCAGCUAUUUCAACUCCUAGUUUCCAGAAAGAGCUGUGGAUGUUUUACUGGAAAUUAAGAACUUGCUGCUGUUUUUAAUAAGAUUUCACAUACUUUCAGACUACAGGAGAUCAAAUUUUAGUCAAAAACCAUUUUGACAGCAAGCAUCUUCUGAAAAAUUCUAAACAGAAAAAGGAUCUCAGUGUAUCUAGUCAUUUAAAUACAUACACGGGUCCAUUUCCUUAAACUUUCGACUGCCUGCAUUUUUCCAGGCAGCAGCCAAACUGAUGCAUAACUAGGAGGUAGUAAUAGUGUUUUUGUGUGUGUGUGUGUUAUGAAGAGUCUGAAAACUAGUUUCUCACUCUAAAAACUAGUUUUCUUGUGUUAGAAUUUAAAAGGAAAAAAAAGCAUAUUUCACCAUAGUAAUUUGUAUUUUCACACCACUUUCCUCAUUCAGAAGCUUUCAUCUGAUACCUUAUAUUGUGUAAUAUUCAUGCAAAACAUACUGCAGAAUUUUCUGUUCACAUCCGACACCUUCAACACUGGUAUACCUCUUACCAGCAAGCCUUUAAAAUGCGUUUGUUUUCGCUUGUCUGUUUGUUCAAGGGUUCUGUAAGACCUUCAGUGUUUUGUACUUCUUGCUGACUUAGUUUGAGAGGAGUAUUAAAAAUCACUUUGUAGUUAGCCACAUCUAGAAGUGGUGAUCAUUAAUGUGGCUCUUGCUUAAAAAAAAAAAAAAAAAAGUGGUUAAUAUUAAUAAGACUGUUUCCACACCAUACAGGCAAUAAUUCCUUGCAUUUUCUUUUUAAAUCUGAGUAUAGCAAUACCAUACUUAAGAUUCUUCCCAAUUGGAAAGCAUUUGGUUGUACCCAUAAGUGUUUGAGUGAUGAAAUGUGAUGAUUUUUGAGAAGUUUGUUGCUUCUAUUUCCAUAGUCUGUCUAGGUAGGUUGUUAGUUUGGAUGUUAGAUAUGGAAAAGUUUUACAAUCAUAUGCAUAAAAAUAUAUUUUUUAAACAGUAAACUGCACCCCUGCACCUCAUAAUUCAGAAAAUCCAAAGUGUUCAAUUUCAUUGGGAUUUCUUUUUCUUUAUGAAAUAUUACAAAGCCAAUUGUUUGUUAUAAAAUUUUAUAAUAAUCAUACCAAAUGUGCCUACUAUUAAAGGUUUGCAUAUAAAGGUGUUAAGGGACCAUUGUUUGAGUUCCCUUAAGCUCACAAGAGUUUAUUUUUAUUAGAAGAUAUUUUUAAUAUAAAAGAAUUAUGUAAUUGAUCUAGCUAUAUCACAUUCAUUUCAGUGGGUGUGAAGAAUGGAUGUCUCACUGUUUUAAAUAUUUUCUUGGGAAAUUAUUUGGUAAAACAAAUAAUUGUUUUACAAAACUGAUAAUCAUCCUUUGGCUUUUCAUAGACUCUCUUUGCUUUAGACUUGGUCAUUUCUUCUUCAUAAAUUAUUAAUUAGAAAAGCGAGGCCCAUAUAGAACUUUUGGCCUCCAAACAUUUGAUGGAGUUCAGCAGAUAUCAGGGAGCGGUAACAAAGCUCUCCAAAUCAGUCAGAAAAAAAAUGUUUAUAUCACACCACUUGACUAUUGCGAGAGAAUUAGUAAAAGGCCAACAUUACUUUUUCCCAAUUUCAAAAUAAUUUUAAUCAAUUAACUCAAUCCUGACAAAGUUUAUUUUUAUCUUUUGUGGUUAUGUUCAUGGCAACAUUAAGAAGUAAUAGAAGGGCAAACAUGCUUGUCUCCUACUCUGCUUCUCUAUACUGUAUUCACACUUAUUUUUCCCCCAUAUAAUGAAGUUUUAUACUUCUCAAUGAAAUGAUCCAAGAGAGCUUAAAAGGAAUAAACCACUAUUCUAUGCUUUUAAGGAGUUUCCUUUAGUUUUUUCAUAUGAGUAUCACUAGAUUGACUGAGGAAUGUAUGUCUAUCUAAACUCCUGAGAAAAACGAUACAGACUGGAGACUGAAAUUCAGAAAAAUGAAGUGUUCAGUAGAUAUAAGGAAUGGUAAGGGAAAAUCCUCCGUCAUGAAAUCUAGUUCAGACCAGUUGGAUGCUGGACUAUGCAUUUCACCUUUCCAAACUUGCAUCGUGAAAAAGGAGUCUGCGAUUUGUGAGGCUGAGGCUCCUUCCUUGGCGGGGAAGAAAAAGUUUGUCUGAAAAUGCUCAGGUUAGUAAGAAUCUAAUCCCACAAAACUAAACACUUCAGAUUAAGUUUCACUGAAUAAAGGGAGCACAGAAGAAAACCGCAUUUCUUUCUUCCAGAACAGAAAAGGCCAAAUUAAGCCCUGCCUUGUUAAAAGUUUAAGGGCGUUAUUUUAAUCGAGUCACUCAAUUCAACUUCCUUUGCCUUCCUGUGGAAACAGUUUUAUCCCACUAAACUAAGAAUUAAAGGAUUAAUCACAAACAAAAAUAAAGUUGCAGCACUGAAAAAAAAAAGUAAUUUAUUGUUUUUGCGACUGGUAUGUGAAUUUGUGUGACAAGAGUAUUUAUUCUUAUUUAACAAAAAUAUGUGCAAAUUCUAUAUUUAAAAUGUUUUGCUGUUGUCCUACUUUUAAUUUAUGCUUCAUGUUUGUGUAUAAAGUACACUUUGUGAGUUUACAUAAUAUACAGCACUGGUUGCUUUUGUAUUUUUUUACAGAAGGCUUUCUGCGUGAAACAGGCAUAUAUGUAUAUAUUCCCCACGUAUCCUUAUUCUAAUAUUCUAGUUUUCCUCUCUAAGGAAGUUUUAAAUUUAAUCUUUCUUGACUAGUAAUGUUCAUUACUUGUAGUGACAUUAAUAGUUCUUUUGGGUUUCGUUAAUACUAAUUUUUUUUCAAGUCACAGAUAAGAAAAAUCUUAUUCAACCAACUAAGGUCUCAGUUCUAAACUUGAGGUAUAGAUAUCCUGGAAGCUUCCACAGAAGCCAAGACACAAAUGAGAACCAGGUCCAUUCAUUUCCUACUGAUAAACUUGGACAAGGAGCUGUUGAGUUAUUCCAUAAAAUUUGUGUACACACAACCUCUGAGAGACAUGGAUGAUAAUUAAACCAAAUUUUAUCCUUUGCUGCUUCCAAAACACUCCUUAAAAGUGAAAAUCAUCUGGUCUCUAGUAUUGGUAAGAUUUGAUAGUAAGAGUAAACAAAUUGAAUUUAAGUUUUUCAAAUAUUAGUAGUCAUGGAUAUUUCUACAAAUAUGGGGUCUCCACUGAUAGAGUGUGACUUUGUACUACUACUAAUAAAUCUCAUGGAGUGCAAAUAGGACUUGGGCAAGGAAGGUCACCUUUGAUCACAUCAGCUUGCCUCUGACUAGGAUUUCAGUCUGGUCACAGCAAUAAAGCAAAACACCCUUGGAUAUACAGCUGACUAGCUCAAUCUCUGGUUCCAACGUUUUCCCCCUUGACUCCUUCCUUAGUAACAAGGUCAUCGUAAUAGUUCAGGUGAGCAUGGCAACCAGAUCCAGUGAAGUCCAGAACUUGUGUAUGACUUAGAGUUCACUUCUUUUGUGAAAUAAAAUUGAAUUUAAUAAUGGCCAAAUUUUAUUAAUAGUUUAUGGCUGAGGAUUGGUGAAUAUUACUAAUCUAUUUAUAAUUAAACUUGAGGCAAUAAAAAUCCGUGAUAUUUUUUAACAUUUCGAAGUUAAGAAUAACCAAGAGUACAGAAGUUAUCAUAGAACCAAGGUCAGGGUCCAGGUGAUCUAUCACUUAGACACAUAAACAAGGAACUGGUAUAUUUUCUCUAUCAUUUUUCUUAUUUGCCAACAACCUGUAGUUUUAGACUGUCAAACAGGUAGAUCAAGUUAGCUAAUUAGUGCACUGAAAAACCAAUCUUCCUAAUAGUCUUUCUGCCAGCACUAACUAAAGAAAUAACUUCUGAAGUUAUAUGAUCACGAAACAUAUCAGUCUAUAAUGUAUAAUCAUCUAGUCCUUUAACAUAUGGGAACAUAUUGAAAUAAGAAUUUAUUGCAUUAGUGAGACAAAAAUGGAAAUAUACGUUAUGUUCAGAUCACAAAAGUAUCCGAUCUGCCAAAUGUCUUUCUGGAACAAUGAUACCAUAAUUCUCAAUGCAGAUUUUGUGGGAAAAAAUAAAAGCAUAUGUUAUUAGAAGCUGUUGAUUUUAACAGAGAUUAAGACUGAAAUGUACAUAUUAGUUAACCCAGUUAGUUGCACCUUCCUAAUCUAGUAGCACUUUAGCAAUAAGUUGGCUACCUGUGGUUCUGAUCCUGGAGCUCCACCAACUGGUCCAUGUGGACUGCCAGAGGUCAAAUGAAAAACCAAAUGGCCCAUCGUCUAAGACUUGGCCACAUCAGAGUGAUCCAAAGUCUAACACUGUGAGGAGAACUGUGAUUUGUAAAUAAAGAAGCAUUCUUUUUAUUUUUUUUUUCAUUUUCUUUUAGCACAUCCAACGAACAAUUGUAAUUUUUAUCAAGGUGCUAAUAUCUUCAGCGAUCAACUGUCAGGUGUGGUUUAUCUGAGUUACUAUUUUAUUCUACAUGAUUUUUCAAUUUGCAAAAGAGAACUCUAAGUCUUGGGUCAAGGCAAAGCACAACUUGAUACUCAGUGUUUGGGAAAUUGCAUCUGAGGGUCAGUCUGAUCAGCAGGGUUCAGUGACAUAAACUACAGGUACAUCAAGGAUGUUUAAGGUGACGUCAAAACUUGAAGAGUGUCAGGCUAGAGGAACAGACCUUCAGAAGAGUCAUGUUAACAUCACUUACUAAGCCAUUGGUGUUCCUGUCAAACCUGCCUUUCAAACAAACAAAUUUGCUUCCUAUACACAAACUUGUGUUUUAGCCUGAAUUUUUUAGCUUUGUGAUAUUUUAUGUCCAUGGUAAACACUUGGCUACAACUUCUGAGUCUUUCAUUCAGCAAUGCACAACAUAUUAGAAGCCCUUCAACCCAGACUGAGUAUAGGAGAAUAGAAUAGGAGAUUAUGUUGGGUGUGACUUUGUAAGACUAGAUUUUUGAUUAAGAAAACUACAUUGUGUCUGGAUGGUGUUAUUGAAUUACACGCUCAGGCAUGGACUUACAUGUAAGGAGUUGACAAAUACUGAUUACAUUUUAGUAUGAUGUAUGAGCAGAAAUCAUAUACAUGCUUUUUAAAUAGACCACAGGUAAUUAACAGAUUGCAGAAAUGUACUUAAUUUGAUGUAACCACUGGCACAAAUAUUUGAUUUCUGUAUUAGAGUCUGGGAGUAAAGACAGGUGAUCUACCUAAGUGGGUACAACUGACAUUUUUUAAAUCAUGAAACAUGCUUUCAAGGUAGAGUAAAAUAUUAAAGAUUGACAUAUUGUUGUAUAUAAAUGGUAAAAUGUCAGCUGCUUACUAUCUUCAAUUUUUUCAAAAGUGAUGGUGUUUUUCCAUAAAUGUAAUGUAGUU